AUGUCGUUCAUGAAAGGAGAUUUACUUGCAAGAACCAGAAAGCUGGUGAAGGGCCUGGCCAAGGCUGAGCCUGUUUGGCUCAAAGCCAUGGAACGGGUACCGCCUGUAACAUUUCCUCGUGCAGAUGCAAUUCAGAAAAUCACUCUCCCAGAGGAUGUCUACAUAAAGAAGUUUUUCCGAAAGCAUCCAGAUUCCAAGCAUGAGGAUGCCAUCAAGUUUUCUGCUUUUGAUCCUCCUCCAGCCCGUAUAUUUGGUUUGAGGGUGCUUGAGCUGAAAGAGCAAGGGGUUUCUGAGCAGGAGGCAAUGGCAGUAGCUGAUAUGGAAUACCGUAUGGAGAGAAAAGGAAAGAAAAUGGCAUAUUCUCGCUUGAAGAAAAUUGCACGCCUUCAAGGGAAGAAGCCUCCUCCCAACCCAUAUCCCAGCGCCAUCAAGGAGAUACAAGCUGAGGAAAAGAAGUAUGUUCGCGACCGUUUUUUCAAUCCCAGGAUUAGGCAAAUUUUAAGGAAAUUGCAAGAGGAGCAUGCAGCCGAGAGGCAGGACAGACUCCGAGGGGAAGGAGGUUCCUUGUAA